AUGAUUGUUCCCCUUCGGAACCCAGUGCCAUGGAAAUCAGUUCGUGCCCCGCUUGCAUUUGGGCAACUUGUGCAGGGUCAUGCCCCAACUGUAUUGAACGGACCGAAGUUCAAGGACCGCUUGGCGACCAAGUGGCUGAACGAAUUUCCUGGAAGGGCUUUGGAGAUAAUCCGCAACAACCGGCUGCCACCUGGGGCCGCAUUGGUGUCGGUGGAGUCAGACGUGACCACCCCGUGUGCGAAGGUACCAAGUGGUUUUUUCUUGGCCGAUAGCUUCUUGAAGUUGGAUUCCCACUUGAACCACCUCAUGCUGGUGCCUACGCAAGAUGAGUCCAAGACGGAUCUAGCUGGAAAGGAGGCGAAGCGCAUUAAGCGCUUGUUGGGCGCCUUGCGCCACCUUUUCAGAAACAGUCCGAACGACAGCAACGAUGCGCAUGUGGCUGAGCUGAAGAGUCUCCUUCGCAUGUCGCCGAGUCGGGGCGGCCAGGAGAACCAUGGUGAUGAAAGUGGUGAACCCGAACCUGAUGUGGCGGCCAUUGUGGACCAGGAACCCAAUGAGAACCCCGAUGAUAGUGAUUAUGAGGGUGAUUCCGAAACGUCACAGCAUUCAGCGUCAGAUGAGAGUGAUGAUGAUAUGGAACCAGCAGGGCAUGAACCCCAUGACAAUGAAGACAACGCCAGUGACAUGAGCCUUGCAGAUGCUCCCCGUGUCAACCCAGGUGAUGGUGAUGCCAUGGCAGACACGAAUCAGGAGUCCGAGUCAAGCCCUGGGUCUCAGGAUGAGAAAGGGGCUGUUCCUGAUGAGUUGACACCAACCGAAAAGCGAAAACUUUUCUGGGCCAAGUAUGCUGUGAAAAGGAAUUUCCACAAUCCAAUGUGUGAGGGUGGGGCCCCAUCGGGGAAGGGGGAGUGUGAUGAUGAUGAUGACAUUAGCUUAACUCCCACUCUUAGCCCUGGUUCGCCUUGGGAGCCGGAUGCAUAUUCCAGCCGGGGUCGCGCCGUGUUCACCAAUGUGAAAAGGGUUGAUGGUGAUGCGGUGAUUCCCCAUGCAAAGUCUGAUGAUGAGUCUUGUGAUUCGGGAAGCACUUGGGUUCUUGGGCAGCAGCCCCGCUCUCCUAGCCCCAUGGCAGAACCCGAGCCCAGGGAAGCACCCAACCCGAAGGCAGAAGCCUAUACAGGAUCUGGUUCUGAGGAUGAUUCUUAUGACUCUUCCUCUUCCGAGAAGGGAGUUGUGGACGAGGACACUUUUCACCAAGAGUUGCGCAAAGCAUCCGUGGCAGCCCAAGAUCGUGCCAUCAACAGUGGGCCAUCCUCUGGCUCCAAGGCAACCAUGGAGACACCCCAGUGUAGCAAACCCGGCUUCUGGGGAUUCCCUUUGGUUGAGACACCUCCAAAGGUUUCCGCUCCUCACAAGAACAAGGGGAACAAGGGGAACAAGGGGAAGAAGAAGUGCACGCACAAGGUCAACAAGAAGGCAUCGUUCAAGCGGUCUGGCACUUCGAAGAAGGUGGCCAAGGCUGAUGAACAUUCAGUUGAUUCGUUGAGUAUGGCCCCAAUGAGCCCAGAACCCAAAUCGACUUAUGGGGCAUACAGCCUGGAUGAAAUCCCCAGGGAUGCAUGGCCAAAUUUGAGCCGUGCCAACCGUGGCAACCAUUCAUAUACCCUGUCGGAUGGGAAUGGGGCAGUGGUCGAAGUACUCCUUCAGAAGCGUGGGUUUUUCAUCAAAAAGGUGAAGGACGGAUUUGAAGGGCCUCAGGGUCACGUGUCCUGGGGAAAAUUUGAAAAUGUUCAGAAGGCCUGGGAUGUUGUCAGAAGCAGGCUCAGCUCCAAAGCUCACAUUUCCAGUCCCAGUUUGGCAAUGGGGAAACCUACGAGCCACAGAGUGCCCCGGCGUGCUGCGCUCGUGGCCGGAGCAGGGUCAAAGUCAGUGCCCAAGGGCUUGAGCGAACCUGAUUCGGUGCCAGAGACUGUCCUUGCGGUGCUGGCUGCUUUGGUGUUUUCGCUGCCUGGCUUAUCAUGGGCCCCAACGCAGCAUGCUGAGUUCUUCUCUGGGAAGAUGGAAGUUACAUUGGCCGAAAUUCAGGAGGGAAGAACAUGUGCAGCUUAUGAUGUGGAGUACGACCCGCACUACAUGAACAUAUUGUCGCCCGAAGGAUACGUCCAUGCCAUCUACCAAGUCCUUCGGCUGGAACGGGGGUCUUCAAUGACCCUCGCUCCAGUCUGUUCUUCAUGGGUAUGGGUGUCACGUGGAACGACAAAAAGAUCGGCUUACAAUGUGCUCGGGGAUACCUCAGUGCGAUGCGUGUCAGAAGGAAACUGCAUGGCAGCACGUUGUGCAUUACUUUGCUUCCUAGCAUUGGCUAGAGGAAUAUGGGUGGUGAUGGAACAACCACGGGGAAGUCUUCUUGAACAUCACCCAGCAAUGCAACUGUUGUUCAAGCUUUGCCAAUUCUGGCGCAAAAGUAUCAAAAUGGGUGAUUUUGCCGCUCCUUCGCAGAAGGAUACCUGGUUAUAUUCCAGCCAACCCUUCAUCGAGCAGAUCUAUGAUUUCAAGCCUGCGACACUCCCACAAAGGCAGUCCGUGCAGCUAGUUGAGAAGUAUGUUGACUCCAAAGGAAUCAAUCGGGUAAAAGGGUCCCGCUUCCUAAAAGGAAGCCAGGCCUACACCAGGCAGUUCGGCCGGGCUUUGGCAAGGCUGAGGACCAGACACCAGUCCGAAGUGAAAGCAGCAGCUGCAGCUUUCCUGUGCAAAGCCGCUGGCGGGAAGCAACGAACUGGUGGCUUGGUGUCGCCGGCACUCAACAAUGAGGGAAAAGGAGAUACCAAGAAGGGAGACAGGGGAGACAAGACAGGUCGUCAAAAGAAUGAGAAGAAGGAGAAGAAAGAGAAAGAGGAGAAUAAGGAAAGGAAGUCAGCCCUCAGGCGCCCAUCAGGCACACGUGAUGAGAAGGGUGCAAAGGUUCAGGCAAUAGAAGACAAGAAGGAGCCAAAGGAGAAUGUCAAGGAGUCAAAGAAGGAGAGCAAGGAGUCAAGAAAGACGGAUAAGGAGUCAAGAAAGGAUGGUAAGGAGUCGAAGAAGGAUCGAAGAGAGGAGCCGGCGAAGGAUGGAAAGGAGUCGAAAAAACAGAGAAAGGAGUCGAACACAGAGAGAAAGGAGGCGAAGGAAUGCAAGAAGCAGAAGACAGAACCAAAUGCAGAAGCAAAGCCACUUGUGGCCGAGAACUCAAAGACAGAGAAGACCGACAAGAGAGAGAAGAAGGAUGGAAAGAAGGAACAGGAGAAGGAGAAGAAGCAUAAGAAAGAGAAGAAGUCCAAGGAUGAGGAGGCAGGAAAGACAAAGAAGAAAAGAGAGCCAGAAGGAGAUCAGACUGGGGAUGGUCCAGUCAAGAAAAGGAGGGAAGGCGAUGAUGAGAAAAAGGAACCCCAAAAGAACGAAGCACAUCUGGAUGAAGAUCUAGCAGUUGUGGCAGGAGCAGAGAAGAGUUCCUUGCAAGUCCCAGACAUUGAUGAGCUGAUCGCUCAGCUUGAGGCAGAGGAAUUGGUGGAGGAAGAGAAGUUCGAGAAGAUGUUAGAAGACAGUGAGGAGGAGGGCCAGGACGAGGGAGAAGGACAGGAGCAGGGGGAGGAGGAAGAGAAGGAGAUCGAUCAGGAGGUCGCUGUCCCCAGCACCACAGCCCUCGCUUUGAAAAAGUUGGAUGAGAGUGACGAAUCGAUGGAUGAUGAGGCAGCCUCUGACCCAAGCUCCCACGAUUCCUCUGAGGAAUCUUCCCAGUCCAGCCAAGAGACCGUGGAUGAUGAAACCAGCAAUGAUGAUGCUAACACAGCUCCAGCUCCUGCAUCGAGCAAAGGCGACAAGAUCGAUGAGGCAGCUGGGUCGGCCGUGGAUAUCCCUGCCCAAAGGGCCAACAGUCGAACCAACAAGAAAGAGUGGGAUACUUUCAGCAGAGAAGUGUUGAACAAGAAGAAGUUCCCGGUGCGAUUAUCGGAACAUCUCGCACGGGAUAAGGUUGAUUUGUUCAACCUUUGGUUGGCUCACGGCAAGGACCUUCACGAGGUGGCAUUGCAUGUGGAGCGCACUGCCGAAACUGUGAAUCGCACAGCCAGUGGCCGAGAGGGGAUGAAAUUGAGGGAUAUCGAGGCCAAGUACCCACCGGAGAAAGCCAAGAAGUUGGCCACCCUUCUUCGAUCCCGGGGCAUGUGGUAUUGGGAUCCGGAUUUUCCCAAUGACGAAGAGGAGAUAUUCUAUUACACUGGGAAAGCUCGAAGUGUCAGCACGGAGAACCUUACAAAGGAGUCCAUGACCCUCAAGGGAGUUACCAGCCCUGAUGAAACCACACUUGCUGCCCUCACCGGUGAAUCAGGUCCUCUUGCUGCUGGAGCUCUUCCCCAGAUGGAUGUCUCGCAGGCCGAAGGUGACAAGAACACCUGGGAAACUCUGAUGGAAGCCCCGGUGGCCAAGCGCAAGGCCAAGCCGCGCACUACGCAGGAGCCAGCAGUCCCGGUGGAACCCAAGACCCUUCAUGAGCAAGCGAAGGAUGCAGCAUCUGAAGCCUUGACUCAAGCGGCUAUUGCUCGGAAGCUGUCGCUGAGUUUGAAGGGGGUGGAAUAUUCAGGUGAACUCACCAACCAGCUUAUGGAUUGUUCCAAGAAGUUGGAGCGACUCUAUGAACUCCUUCAGGGCAUCACUGCUGAUGACACGGAUGAACAGAAGAUCAAAAAGUAUUUGCAUGCCACCACUGUCCAAAUUCAAUGGCUUGAGAAGGCGAAGGUGGCUGGCCAAGCUCUGACUCGUGGAUUGAAUGCCAAACCGAGACCCAAGAAUAAGGCCAAGGCCAAAGCGGCACCAGAGAAGGGUUCUGCAGAGCCUGCAAAGAGCCUCUAUCGGGAGAAGACCAAAACCAAGGCGGUGAAGCCACUUGAAUGCACCUGCAAACGCAGUUCAAACAGAGAUGGCCAGCCUGUGGAUGCAGUGGCUGCUUUCGCAUCUUUGGGAUCCUUCGGCACAUGUGCGUCGAACCAGGAACGGGAUAUGCACCGGUGGCUUAGAAAUCUUCAUGGUACAAACCUGGACAUGUACUACACCCCCUUUGAGUUAGAAGUGCGUGAUGAAACAGAUACAAAGACCAUGUUGAUCCCUACUCUGUUGCCUCAUGAGAUCUUACAUGCUGUGGCAGCUGCAGGGCAAGAACAGGUAUUUGACAUCAAAUUUCCUUCUGUGAUCUUGGCGUACGAGUCCAUGAAGAGUUAUGAAGAUACUUGGCGCUCUGAGUUUGACCCCAAGUCAUAUCGCUACAAGAUGCGAGGAACGGUGUCCGAAAUCGUUUUGCAACUUCUGCCAGCGGCCAGGGGGGCCUACUUCGCGGCGAGAUAUGACGCAAAGGCCCGUGUCGAGAUCAGCGUGCGAAAGCUGCAGUUCACAGCCAAGAACACGGGUCUUGGAACCAACUCAGAAUACCCAGAACUUGGAAGUGCGUGGAAAGCGGCGCAUGUAAAAGUGUUGUUGGGCUACAUGGCAUGCAAAGCUGUUCAGUUCGCGUCCGAAACAGGUGAACAUCAACUUCAAGGUGGAGCCCUUUGCAUCUGGGCACUGACCCAUGCGAUCAACCUUAUGGAUGGGAAUGAUAUCAUCCUAUCCCAGGAUGUGGCAAGUGAGAUCAAUGAUCACCUGCACCAACACUUGCUACACUGGCAAGGUAUGUCCCAAAACUGUGCAAGUAGGGGGGUCCUAAGAUGGAAACUCCGACCCAAACACCAUUCUCUAGAAGAGAUAGGUGUCUUUGUUGAAAAAACGCAAGUAAACCCAAGGUUCACAGCUUGCUUUCAAGACGAAAGUUUUUUAGGUCACCUCAAAAGGAUCGGUGCAAAGUGUCACGAAACCACAAUGCUUACAAGGGCAUUCCAACGGUUGAUUUUACUUCUGUCCCAACGUUGGAAGGAAACCAGGGAGCGUGCAAAGCAUGCGGAGCGGUCCUGA